CACGCGUCUUCCGAAGCGCCACCUUGCUCAUUUCCGAUGUUCUUUUCGGAAUGGCUGAAACGUUGCUUUCGUGCUGAGAAAACGUGACUACGGAGAACAUUGUGUGGCGAUCGUGAUUAAGAGAACGAGUGUUAUACAUUAUAUUGCAUUGUAUAUUGACGUACAUUAAGGCUGUCGCGCAACGGCAUGCAGCUGUCGAAGUAAAUCGACCGGAGUAACACGGAUACAGAAUUUUUCGCAGUAACACGGGUAUCUGGGUGCCGGCACAUAUCAAUAUACGCGAGUACGAAGGAUUGGUUAUUGAAAAAAUGGCGGCGGAAUGCAAGAAUCGAAUGAUGGUUUUUAAGAACAAAGGCAAAGAUCAAGAAGAAAUGAGAAGAAGAAGAAAUGAAGCAACAGUAGAGUUACGGAAAAAUAAACGUGAUGAAACUUUACAGAAAAGAAGAAAUGUGCCUGCUACAGAUUUAAUAGAUGAAGAAGAUAGUGAUAAACAAAACAUUGAUUUAUCAAAAAUCAAUUUAAAAGAACUAGUAAUGAAAGCUGCUAGUUCAGAUCCAACUGUUCAAUUACAAGCGGUACAAUCAGCAAGAAAGUUAUUAUCUUCAGAUCGUAAUCCACCGAUCGAUAAGUUAAUUGAUAGUGGCAUUUUACCGAUCUUAGUUAAUUGUCUUGAACAGCACAAUAGUCCAUCAUUACAAUUUGAAGCAGCAUGGGCUUUAACAAACAUUGCAAGUGGAACAUCACCUCAAACACAAGCAGUUGUUGCAGCUGGUGCAGUUCCACACUUUUUGCAUUUGUUACUUUCAAGUCAACAGAAUGUUUGUGAACAAGCUGUAUGGGCUUUAGGAAAUAUUAUUGGAGAUGGCCCAGCAUCUAGGGAUUAUGUUAUCAAGCUUGGCGUUGUACCGCCAUUGUUAACGUUUAUCAAACCAGAAAUACCAAUUAGUUUUUUACGUAAUGUAACUUGGGUAAUCGUAAAUUUAUGUAGGAAUAAAGAUCCACCACCACCUGUUCAAACUAUUAAGGAAAUUUUACCUGCUCUUAAUGUACUUAUUCAUCAUUCAGAUAUUAAUAUUCUUGUCGACACAAUUUGGGCAUUGAGUUAUUUGACUGAUGGUGGUAAUGAACAAAUUCAGAUGGUUAUAGAUAGUGGUGUAGUACCUCGUCUCAUACCACUUCUUUCGCACAAAGAAGUUAAGGUGCAAACAGCUGCUUUAAGGGCAGUAGGUAAUAUAGUAACAGGUACAGACGAACAAACACAAACUGUAUUAAAUUGUGACGCGCUUUCAUAUUUCCCGAAUUUAUUAACCCAUACGAGGGAAAAAAUUUGUAAAGAAGCAGUUUGGUUCCUUUCAAAUGUAACUGCUGGCAAUCAAUCUCAGGUUCAAGCAGUUAUAGAUGCUGGACUACUGCCUCUUAUUAUUCACAAUUUAAUUAAUGGUGAAUUCCAAACACAAAAAGAAGCAGCAUGGGCAAUUAGCAAUUUAACAAUAAGUGGUAAUGAAGAACAGGUUGCACGAAUGAUACAAGAAGGUGUUAUUGGACCAUUCUGUAACCUCCUUGAUUGUAAAGAUACUCAAGUUGUACAGGUUGUUUUAGAUGGUAUACAUAAUAUGCUCAAACUUGCUGGAUCACAAGUUGAACAUUUGGCUAAUAUGAUUGAAGAAUGUUCAGGAUUGGAUAAAAUCGAAACAUUACAAAAUCACGACAACAUAGAUAUUUAUAAACUAGCAUACGAAAUUAUUGAGCAAUACUUUUCGGAAGAUACGAAUGAUACAAAUCUGGAACCACAAGUUGUGGAAUCAACAUUUGAAUUCGAUCAGACGACGAGCAUUUCGAAUGAAGGUUUUAAAUUCUGAGAGGGCCUCCAUUAUUUUUUAUCUGAUCGUGCCGUCCCCCGAAAAUCUCCAUUAUGGAGCCAUUCUGCUUACCCUUUUAUAUUCUGUCUCAUUCUUUCUUCAACGACUACAUGUGGCAAUUUCAACGUGACAUUGUUGAAUCAACAAUUGUAUUUGGUUUUAUUAAUUCAAAAACAUAAAAUUAUGACUUACAUUUUUGGUUUGUCCAAAAAGUGAGAAAUUAGAAAAAAAAACGAGGCUAAAGUUACAGAGCAAAGGAGUUUCUUAUUGAAAUAAGAAUUUGUAUUCUUUCCUUUUUUUAUUUUUGAACGAUGUGUACUUUACCUUGUUUCCUUUUCCGUUGCACAUACUAAAAUGCUUAGUGGAGCGGAACUGAAUGCAGCUAUUGAUAUGCAUUACACCGACUAAAUUAUUCUAGUAAAUUAAUGAAUUUGCUCUCUAAAUUGAAGAGCGUCACAGAAAAAGAAAAGAAAAACUUUUUUAUUGUUUGAUCGUGCUGCUCUCCACUCUAACUUGAGAUGAAUCUUGGUUAGUGAUGUUACAUUUAUAAAAUAAUUCGUGUAUAUUUUAGGCAUGUUAAAUUUAUAAUAAUAUUGAUUACUAAAUAAAUAAAUCAAUUGACUA